UUCUCCUGCUGGGACCGUGACCUCCCACAGCCGGGCUGGAAACAUUAGAAGGGACCGAGGCAGCGAGAUGUCUAAAAUAGGAAGACGCCGGGACGAUUGGCCUGGCUGCCUGCGACGCUGGCUGCGGGGUCUGGCCGGGGCUGUGCAGAUGGAAAAGCUAAGAGACAUUUCCUGCAGUGUGGGGGAUGCAGAACUGACUCAUCCCUCCAUUCAGUUAGUCAUUAACUUUUUUCUGAGCAUCUACUCCACGCCAGACACUGCCAGGUGCUGGCUUAACAGCGCCGAGCAAGGAGCAAGGCACAGCGGCGUCUGGCCUCGUGGAUCCCGAAGAAUACAGACCAACACCAUAGGCUUGUGGGAGGAGUGCACCAUUUUGGCCCAAUCAGGGAAGGCUGCCUGGGUGAGGAGGCAUGUGAACUGGACAGCAAGAGAAGACCAGGAUUUGCAUGGGCUGCGCAGGGGAAGUCACAUGGAUAUGUCCUCUGGACCCUUGCACCAGCCGCCGAGCAAACCUCACCAGCAGGGGCCCAUUGACGGACCGCCAAGCUGGUCCCCGUGUCACAGGAUUAGAAGCAGCCCUGCCACGACCUUCUCGACACCGUACCUAUUUCUGUGUCCCCGUGCUGGCAGUCCUGAUGGAGAGAUCCUCAGAAGCGGAACUGCUGUGUCAAAAGGCACCAGAACUUAAAAUGCGGAUCAGUGUGGCAUUCUGGAGCACUUUCUCCUCACCACUGGGAACAAGCAGAGCAAAUCCUCUGGGGCCUAGAGAGGCCUACGGGGGCCAGUCAGGAUCGGGACCGCGGCCUCUCAAGCACUCCUCGAGGACUGUGGGUUCCAGAGGCACACCUGCGCGUCAACGCCUUCCUCCAUCUCUCCAUAUUCAGCCAGCCCCCCACCCAGCCCCCCACCUGUCCCCCUACUCGCCCAUCCCUCCCUCCCUCUGUCCAUCCACCAGGGCAAAAGGGGUUUUGGCAAGAGGACAGGACCAGCUGGGUCAGGUGGUACUGAGCAGCCCAGCGAGCUGGGGACACAACAGUGACCACCAGGUUUGACAACACAGCACGAGCUGGGCAGAGACGGGAAAGCCCAAGUAACCGUGGGACCCCUGAGGUAGAGCACCUGACCUGGGGGGGCUUCCUGGAGGAAGAGCGUCUAUGCAGGAACCAGAGGGACACAGACACGUUUGCCACGUAGAAAGGGGGUGUCCAGGCUGAGGGGUCAGCCCAAGGUCAAGAGGAGAGAGCAGUCAGCUUGUUUGAGGAACUGACAGGAAGAAAGUCUGGCUGUAAUGUGGAGCGCGGGAGGGGCCGACGCGGAGGGAGCGCUGUCCUCACAGGGCCCUGGAGAGAUGGCAAAGCAGAUGGUGGGGUCCUUGAUUAGAGACCAGGCUCUGGGGCUGGGUGAGUGGUGGGGGUGCAGUGUAGGGAGUGAGGAGCCAGCAGGAGAAGCAAUUUGGAGACGGGUGAUUAAUUCGAUGAGUUUAGGGUGCGGAGGGUGUUCCAGGGGAGAUGUCCGAUGUCAGUGUGCACGCGGGCUGGGCGUCGGGGUUGGAAGGGACCUCCCUGUGCAGGGAGGACGCUGGGCAGAGCCGGGUGGAGCUGAGCCCCUCACCCAUCCCUUUCUUUGCUGCAGCUCGAGGCCCGCCUGUGUCCAGCCACACGCUGCGUGCUGGGGAGGGGCCCAGCAGCUUCUAGCUGUUGUGGUUUUUCUUGCCUGGCAGCAGGAGCCCAGGGGGAGCCCAGCGGUUCCUCUGAACGAGCUGUCGUAACUAUGGCUGUUCCUCCCAUGUCCCUCCCCCUCUGCAGCCCACAGAGCGCCUUUGUCAUACCCCUCAGGCACCGUGGAAGGAAGGGGCCCCCGCCAUUCAUAUGCGCUCUUGAACAUUCAAGGGACCAUGAUUUACGGAGCGCCUGGUAGAUGCCAUCCUAGCCGUGGGACAGCAGGCUAGGUAGACCCAGGCAGACUGGCUUCUGCCGUCAAGGUGCCACCAGGGGAGGCAAACAGUAAAUGUAUAAAUCGAGUCCAGAGUGGUAUUUGGAGAAAGAAGCUUGGUGGGGGGUGAUGGGGUGGUGGGCAGCUGGGAUCCGGGGGGCUUCUAGGAGGAGGCAACAUUGAAACUAUAGGUCUGAAGGACGAGUCAGAGUUAGACAAGAAAAAAAUGGGGGGGGGGGAGUAUUUGAGUGGAUGGGAACAGCCUGCUGAAGGCUCAGAGAUGAGAGAGUGCCAGGUGGAAUGGAAUGGAAGCAGUCAGUGUAUUAGAACCAGGGCACGCUGCCUCCAGGUGGCAGUGGUUUGGACAGGGGUGUGGUGAUGGGAAAGAAACUCAGGAGUCAGGCUCAGGAGUUUGGACUUUGAGGGCGAUGGGGAGCCAUGGAAUGUCUUAAGCAGGCAGUGCUCUGCUCAGAUUUACAUGUGGGAGAAUUCACAGACAGAAAUUGAAAACACCCAGUCUUAGCCCAGGAAGACCCAGGAUCAUCUCAUCCAAGGCAAGAUCCCCUCCACCUUCGUGUAGGUCCCUUCACAGGUGAGGUAGGUCAGUAGGGCUUGCACACCUCCAGGGACCUAGACCUCACUACCUCUGGAGCCGGGCCUCAAUGAUGAUGUGACAAGCCCUGUCAGAACCCCACAGGCACGUUUCGAGAAUCCAGUCUUGCAAUCUGGAUACCCCGGGGCUUUUAACACGCACCGCGGUUAACACACGAGGUGGGUUGGGCCGCACCACGGCGUGGAAAAUGGCCCGGCAGCUGGCGCUGGAAUGCAGCGCCGCCACCUACGGGGGCGAUUGACUUGUUGCGUGCGAGCGCUCCGGAUGCCACCUGGUAAGCCUGUCGGCAGGAUGCUGAAGAAAUAAAUCUGUUCACGAAGAUGCGCCACCCCCUCCCCGCGGCGACAUCACCCCCCUCCCUCCCACCCCCGCUCCCACCGGGGCCGGGAGCUGCUGCGCCUGCCCCGCAGCGCCACCGUGUGGGCGAGGCGGGUCACGGCGGAAAGUCUGUCGCUCAACUCCAAGUACUCAGCGCUGGGCCAGGGAAGGAACGGGGUGGGUCACUGGCCUUCCAGGCUGCAAGGCACACCAGGUCCUUUUCUCAUUAGAUUUUUAAAAUUUGUUUUCCAGAAUGGACGUAUAUUUGCGGGCUGUUUAAAAUUAUUUCAAGAGUAUACGCUUACUGAAAGAGAUAGGCAAACUCGAUAGACCAUACAAAGCUGCGAUCGAGUUUCCUCCCAGCAUCCAGGCCGUCCACCCCCGCAGACAUCCGCGGAUUGCAUCCUGGCUAAUAGGCUUCGAAAUUUUCCUCAACAGAAAAAAUUCCUGUAUACAUUUCCCUUUGUCCCACCUGUUCUCCGUUUCCUUUUCCUUAUUUUUCCCCUAUGUAUACAUAAACAAAUGA